AUUGGCUGCUACCUGAUGGAUCUCCUGUGGACAUUUUCGCUAAAAGUGAGAUUCCUCCCACUUGCUCUUAUACAUACAGGGGUAGCACUUUACUUUCGACAAGUCCGAGCCUUCCAUCUGAAGUAUGACGAGCAGAAGAUGGACCCCAAUGUGCAGAAGUGGGACGUGACCGUGCUGGAGCUGAGCCACCACAAGCGCCAUCUCGACCGGCCCAUGUUCCUGAAGUUCUGGGAGACCCUCGACAGAUACAUGGUGAAACACAAGUCGCACCUGAGGUUCUGAGCCUGGACCGUGGCCUCCUUCCUCCACAGGUCCCGUCAAGGCAUUUAUAAACUCCCGCCCCAAACAUAGCCCUCCUCCUCCCCACCAGGACUACCACUAGAAGAGGAAGGAGACACACGGGCCCACAACAACCCCACCAGCACUUUGGGGACCCAGAAUAGACCCGCGUGUUCAGAUAGUCAUUCAGGAAAAUACUUUCUACCUGGUCUUCAUGGUUUUCAUAGAUAGAAGCAGCAGUAUGUCUGGACAUUAUGUACAGUAUGUCUGGACAUUGGGAAGGGGAGGUUGGAGCUUCCCAUGUUUUUCAAGUUCCUAUGUACAAUAUACCAAAACUAUAUAUUUUCUAACAGUAUAGCGUUUUACUGUGGAGACAGAUUGAAGAGCGAGAGAUGGAGAGAGCGGAAGGGGGAUGGAUAGAUGGAGGUGGGGAAAACAACUUCCCAUACUAUUUCCUUUGUGAAAUGAAUCUUGUAAAUUCCAUGUGAAACAUGAGCUGGAUAAGAAGCCCUUUGGAAAUCUGGUGGUACAAAUAAAAAUCACUGCUGGCAAUAAGGGAUAGGAGACCUCUUUGUCAGUUUCAUUUCCCGAUGUUUUUACUUCCUUGCGAUAGGAACAUUUAUGUCUCUACUUUUUUACUAAAUGCUUCCGAAAUGGCACACUAUUUCCUAACUAGUGCACUAUGAAGGGAAUAGAGUGCCAUUUGGGACAGAUUCCUGUUUUGAAAGCGCAUAGGUGUGCAGUCUUAUAGCCAAGGUGCAUCUGAGCGACGUUCCAUGCAUCCAAAUGUAUAUAUGAUGAUAUAUGAGCCAGACUUUGAAGAUCAAAGAAGCUAGGUAUCUUAUUCUUGAUGCAUAACAAAGCUAAUGAUUCAGCGAAAGAUGGGUUCAAAUGUUCCAGACAGUAAAUUCCAAUAUUAGCGCCUUUUUUCUUUUUUUUUUGCAACUACACAUCACUUUGAUCACUACAUGACGAUGUAAAGAUGUUUAGUUAUUUUUAGUUGGUGUUGCGCAAAUUUAAGGAAUGAUGGACAUUGCUUUAUUUGAUGUGUUCACAAUGAAAAUGGUUAAUAAAAGUUGGUAGACGGAAAGUGUAUCGUCUGUUGCAGUUUAA